GCAGGACCAACUGGGUUGCCACACGUGUGUUUUCCUCCCGUCCUGCAGGUAUGCAGCGGAUAAGGUCCCCCUGCGCCAACGGUCAAUGCAUGGAACCUAUCAAACCAAGCCGGCGAUUCUCCGAUCCCAACCAGGCAAGCAGUACUCAUGGUGGCGUUCAUGGCGAGCAGCGGGGCCAUGAAGGCGUCGAGCAGGCCAACCUUCGUCACCCCUCGUAGCUUCUUUAACUGGGGCAAAAGCGCGAGAGAAACCGAGACGCCGCCGCCGCAGCUGCAGUUCUCCUACCACGACGUCGAGCCACCGUUCCCCAUGUCGCUCGUGGCAAAAACACACCUCAGAGACCGUGAGCUCAGGUGCUGCUACAAGGCCACCGUGGACGGCUUCAGUGCUACGGACUUCCACCGGCGGUGCGACUUCAAGGGCCCCUGCGUCGUCGUUGGCUACACCGACGGUGGCUUCCGUUUCGGCGGGUUCAGCCCGGAGGGGUACCGAAGCACGGACGACUACUACGACACGCUGGACGCGUUCCUCUUCUACUGGGCGGAAUCUACGGAGGUCUCGGCGCCGCCCGUGGUGCUGCCCAAGGUGGGCGGGAGCGGCGCGGCGCUGUUCGACUACUCCCGCGGCGGGCCACAGUUCGGCGCCGACGGCCUGCUCAUCGGCCCGCCGCUCACCGCCGUGAUGGGCGUGUUCACUGGACCCGACUCCAGCGCCGGCGUCGGCGACCUCCGCAGCGCUCGCUCGCGGCUUGGCCUGUCGUACGCGAGGCGGCCGGACGGGAAGGAGAGCCUGUUCGGCGACGAGGGCAGGGCCCAGCUCGUGGAGGUGCUCGUCUUCUGCAAUCCGCAGAUCGCGAGCCUGUACUGACUGCUCAUUGUUACUAGCUUGCAGCUAGAGUCUGUAUAAACUAUUCAUUAUCGCUUAAUUUGGAGUCUAAAACAUACCAAUAAUAACAAUGUAAAAUUGUGGGUACGGUUAAUUAGUUGAUUAUUAAGUUAUUGAAAGAUCAAAUAAGUAAUGACGAAAUUACUUUUA